ACUGACAUAUGUGUAUUAUCGGAAACGCUGUCGUUCUGUUCUGCUUUUAUCUUACAUUCUUACUCCCCAAGAUUUCCUAUUUCCCAUCUCCUCAAGUUUGUUCCCGCAGAUCUUCUUCAAAUCGACCGCUUGAUUCAUAAGUCCUGAGCUCUUACUUGAAGAUGCCAAGCGAAACAAUGGAUGUUCCAAAAACAGGAUUCAGUUUCGACCUGUGUAGGAGAAACGAUAUGUUGACGAAGAAAGGAUUAAGAUCACCAUCGUAUUUGAAAACAGGAACCACCAUCGUUGGUUUAAUUUUUGAGAAUGGUGUGAUUCUUGGAGCAGAUACCAGAGCAACAGAAGGGCCAAUUGUUGCUGACAAAAACUGUGAAAAGAUUCAUUACAUGGCACCAAACAUAUAUUGCUGUGGAGCUGGAACUGCAGCUGAUACAGAAGCUGUUACAGACAACAUCAGCUCUCAGUUGAAGCUCCAUAGAUAUCAUACUGGUCGUGAAUCAAGGGUUGUAACAGCUCUUACACUAUUAAAGUCCCAUCUUUUCCGCUACCAAGGUCAUGUGUCUGCUGCUUUGGUGCUUGGUGGAGUUGAUGUAACAGGCCCACAUCUACACACUAUCUACCCUCAUGGAUCUACCGACACUCUCCCUUUUGCCACAAUGGGUUCUGGCUCUCUUGCUGCAAUGGCCAUUUUUGAGUCAGAGUAUCGUGAAGGGCUUACUAGGGAUGAAGGAGUGAACUUGGUGACCAAGGCUAUAUGCUCUGGCAUAUUUAAUGACUUAGGAAGUGGAAGCAAUGUAGAUGUCUGUGUGAUAGAAAAGGGGAAGAAGGAAUACUUGAGGAAUCAUUUGACUCCAAAUCCACGUACUUACAUCAGUGAAAGAGGCUAUACAUUUUCCAAGAAGGCUGAGGUCUUGCUCACAAAGAUUAUACCAUUGAAAGAGCUUGUUCAUGUGGUUGAAGUUGGUGGAGAUACCAUGGAAGAAUGAGUGGUGACAUUAGAGAACAUUUCUGACAAAUUAUGUAAUGUUUUUAUGGUGAUUGGAAGCUUCCAAGGUGAAAUUAUUUACAAAAAUAGAUGAUUUGCAUGCCUUGUAUUGUUGAUUUGUGUUUAUAAUAUUUAGAAGUGGGAAAUUUAAACUAUUGUUCAA